GCACACUCAAAUGACACUACGAGAUUUCUCACUCCCCGUUCGCUACCCUUCGUGCCGCGCGCUCUCCCCAGCAUCACAGAAGGACAGAGGACCCUGCAGUACAAGAGUGAUGUCCUUGAGACAGUUGUGUUGGUGAACCCGUCAGAGGAAACUACUGCUUCAGAGAUCCGUUCUCUGGUCACUGACUCUGCUGGACACAAGCUACUAGUCCUAAGUGGCCAGAGCUCUGAGCAGGGAGGUGACAUCACACUGCAGGGUGGAGCCUUCACCUGGAGACACUUCUCUGACAUCAUCUCUGAUCCUGGAGUGACUGAGGUCCUGUCCAACUCAGCAUCGGACCAGCGGCCCAGGCUAACAGUAUCGUGCCUGGGAGACGGGGGCUGGAGCUCACUGGGCCACAGCCAGGAGCAGCAGCACCUCCAGAACCUUCUGGAAUACCGCCUAAACCCUGAGCCCACGCUUCCCGACAUGGAGGGAGUCACGGAGUUCACAGAGUACGUCUCGGAGACGGUGGACGUCCCGUCGCCCUUUGACAACCUGGAAGCGCCCACCUCGGGUGGUUUCCUGAAGCUAUCCAAGCCCUGCUGCUACAUCUUCCCUGGAGGGAGGGGUGACUCUGCCCUGUUCGCCGUGAACGGAUUCAACAUCCUGGUGGAUGGAGGGUCCGAACGCAGGUCCUGUUUCUGGAAGCUGGUCAGGCACUUGGACAGGAUAGACUCAGUCCUGCUGACCCACAUUGGGGCGGACAACCUCCCAGGCAUCAACGGGCUGCUCCAGAGGAAGAUCGCUGAGCAGGAGGAGGAGCAGUCCCAGGGAUCUGGCGGCUCCAACACAUACGGUGACUGGAUGAAGAACCUGAUCUCGCCUGAGCUCGGUGUGGUGUUCUUCAACGUCCCCGAGAAGCUACGAAUGCCUGAGUCCACGCUAAAGGUCAAACGGAGCAUCGAGGAGGCAUCCCUCACACUGCAGUAUCUCAACAAGCUUGGCAUCAAGUCAGAACCUCUUUACAGGGUCGUUAGCAACACCAUUGAGCCCAUCACGCUUUUCCACAAGCUGGGCGUUGGCAAGCUAGACAUGUACAUUCUGAACCCUGUGAAGGAAAGCAAGGAGAUGCAGUUCCUUAUGCAGAAGUGGGCUGGGAACAGUAAGGCCAAGACUGGGAUUGUGAUGUCCAAUGGCAAAGAAGGAGAAAUAUCCGUCCCUUACUUGACCUCAGUAACAGCUCUUAUCGUAUGGAUCCCGCAUAGUCCAACAGAGAAGAUAGUCAGGGUGCUGUUCCCUGGAAAUGCACCGCAGAACAAAAUCUUGGAGGGGCUUGAAAAGCUGAAGCACCUGGACUUCCUGCGCUACCCAGUAGCCACUCAGAAAGACAUAUCCUCUGGGGCCCCGCCUCCAAUCAUAAAACAAACAAAGAUGAGAUCAAGAACAGAAAGCAAGGAGAGCCUGAAAUCUUCCACCAAAACACAGUUGGCCUCAAAAGCCAGCAAGAAGGAAGCUAAAGGGCAGGAAGAGGAGUCCAAGAAUGACUCGGCUAAAGAGAACAAAAUUGAAAAGAAAGAGAAGAAGGAGAAGAAGGUGAAGAGUGAGAGCGCCAAAGCUACCAAAGCCACCAAACAACAACAAAACAGUGAGGCAGCACCCGAAGCAGCCAAACUGGAGAGAAAGAAGCUGUCCAAGGAGAAAACACUGAGGAAACACUCCAAGGAACGACCAUCUAAGAUGGAGGAGAAAAAGGACAAAGAGAAGAAAGAGAUCAGUAAAGUAAAGAAAGAGGACAACAAACGCGAAGUGAAGAAAGAUGAUACUGCUAAAAAAGAGGAGAAAAAAGAAACAAAAGCAGUGAAGGAGGAGAAGAAGAAGGAUCUGAGUAAGGCAGAGCUGAGGAAGAUCACCAAACCAGACCUGAAACCCUUUACCCCAGAAGUCAGGAAAACCCUCCAUAAGGCAAACAAGACACAGGCCAAACCCAAGACGGACAAGACUGACAAAAACUUAACAGCCAAACCGGUCAAAGAGAAAACAGCUGAGAAAAAGUCUGUCCCAAAGAAAGCACCCCCAAAAUCCGCUGCUGCUUUGGCAGACGGGUCCGUUGUAUCCUCUCCAGAAGACCUCACCAAGGACUUCGAAGCUUUAAAACGAGAUGAGCUCUCGAAGCUAGGGAGUGAACCCAUUCAGAAUGAUGUCAUGUCUGGAUGUCCAGCUUUCACAGACUCCAAACUCCCUGAUGAGGGAAUAACAACUAAAUCCCCAGCCAAUCUUGGAGAGAAGUUUGAGGAUGAGGGUGCUGACAUGGAUGAUGGUGAUGAUGAUGGGGAGGAGUACAAUAAAGAGAGUGAUGUACUAAAGAAAGGUGCAGAUGUCGGGAAAUGGCAGGACAUUAAAAGAAAUGCUGGCAUGGAUAGGAAAUAUGAGGAUGAAAUGGAGAAAUACGACGACGACUACUCUACUAAGGGAGACAUGAAUUCGAAGAAGAGUGUCAGCUCAGAAGAGGAGGGUGACGUUAUCGAAAAAGCAGAUCUGGAGGGAAUUGAGGAUUAUGAGGAUAAAUACAACUCAGAAAAAGAUCAAAAAGAAUGGGACACCAAGUCAACCGACUUUAAAUCGUUUUCAACCGCAGUCGCCUCUGGACAAACCACUACCGCUGCCUCUGAGCAAGUGUCCUUCAUCCAAGAUGAGACUAUUCCCGCUUAUUCCGAAACGGAGCAGACCAUCUCCGAUGAGGAGAUCCAUGAAGAACCCGAGGACAGGAUCCCACACCUCCGCUACGACGUUGCUUCCUGCGACAUCACCGUUCCCGACGUUCCAGGAUCCUUUGACUCUGUGUAUGGUGUUAGGGAGAUGAGAGCCUCGGCUACGUCUGACGCCUCAGACUUCAAAGCCAAAGGCUUUGUGGGAAGACAUGACCCAGUGUUGGCAGCCUAUCCAAGCAUCAUCACAGCUCCGCUCGCCGAGGAAGAGCACAUCUCCUCAGCCACGUCCAUCACAGAGUACGACAAACUGUCCUCGUUCGCCACUUCCAUGGCGGACGACCAGUCCAUCGCAUCUGUGACCGCCCCGCAGACAGAGACAGAGACAGGGAGGAGCUCUCUUCACCUGGACACGGUCAAUAGCAUCCCCUACCGCACCGAGGCCACCCACGGGAAGGACUACCUCCACUCGGCUGGAACCAUCUCUCCCACCUCCUCCCUGGAGGAGGACAAGAACUUCAGUUCUCCUCCUUCAAAGGAGUACCAGCCUUUUGCUACCGAGAUGGAGGCUGGGAGGAAGACCAAACCCGUCCAUGAGGAGUAUGACGAAGAGGAGGAUGACGACGAGGACCAGACUCCCAACGUUGAUAUCCCCUUGGGGAAACUCCAAGAGGGUUACGAGCAGGCGACGGCAGCCAUGUUGCUCCAGGACAAGGAUAAAUCCCCCUCCACUGCCUUUGCACCUCCCUCUCCUCCCUCUUUCUCCAGCGGGUUUAAGCCUAGUUCCAUGUUUGAAGGUGAAGAGAGAUGUCUUAGCCCAGGUGACAGCACCGUGAAGCUGGCCUCACCCACCCAGUCGGUCCCCAUCAGCAGUGGCUACUCCCCCACAGAGGAGAAGAAAAACAACAAAAUGGACAGCACUGAAACUGAGCUCCAGAAAAUGGGGCUUUCUGGUGACAAGACCCCCUUUGAAGAAUCAGAUGAGGAUGAUGAUGAUGACUAUUAUGAGAAAAGGGAUCUCAAACCCUGUGUUAAAGCGAAGUAUUUGGAACAGAAGGAGGGUAGGUUCUUGGACGAUGAAUCACCUCAAGAAGAGAAGCUGUCUGAGAGGGACAAAGGACUAGCAGAGGAUGGCAUCAAGUCCAAGUAUCUGCAGAAUAAACCGGGGUUGACAGAUGAGAUACAGUUCUCUGGUUACAUGGAGCAAACAACCAAACCCCAGAUCAUGCACUCGGACGAACAAGACGAGGUGGAGGAAGAUGAUGAAGAUGAUGUUGUUCAACCAAGUGGAACAGGGUCUAGCGCUUUAUCAGUAGAGCAAAGUAAAUUGGACUCUGAAGAUGACAAAAAGGAGGCAGCAUUAUCCAGAAAAAAGAACCAUGUAACUUUGAAAGAGCCAGAGAAAAGUGUCCAGUUCAAUCUGUAUGACUUCCCAGAGCGAGAGAGUAGAGAGAAACGCUCAGAAGAAGAAAUAAGACAGGACACCCCAUAUGUACACGGCAAGACUUUCUCUUACAGUGAUAUCUAUGACAACAAAACCAGUUAUCAGAAGGACCAGUCAGAAAAAAUGGGGAAGGACAGUAUGAAGGAGACGGACACACAGAAAAAGGACUCCGCUUUCCCCUCAGACAAGGAGGGUUUCACUAGCUCUCAUGGAAAAGAUGUAUCUUCCUCCUCCUCUUCCUCUUCCCCCUUUCCAUGGCUCCAUGGCUCUGAAUCUAUAGAGAAGAUAAGUGAGCCACGUGGAUACAGCAGAGAGAGCAGAUUCCCAUCAAUGGCUGAUAGACCAGAGGCUUCAACCACAUCCUUAUCAUCAGAGAGAGACUCCUCCCCUUAUAAAGUUCACAGUGAUUACACCUCUGUAACAGGUAGUGCUGCAGCCAAACCCUCUUCAAUGAGCUACCAUGACAAAGAGGUGGAACUGGAGAUAGACAUGAGGAAGCUAACAGCCAGGGAUGAGGAAGACUAUGAUGAUUAUGAUGAUGAAGAAGAGGAUGAGGACGAUGAAGAGGAGGAUGCUAUUGACUCAGACAUGGAGAAAGGUGCCAAAGAGAAAUCGGAAAAGGAAGUCAAAAGUCCAUUCAUCGAUGGUGUGAGCUCAAAACAGCCCCAGUUUAUGGUUUCCAUGGCUGGCUAUGGUUACAACAGUCAGGCAAAACCGACUUCACCAGACUGUGUGAGCUCAAAAGAGACAGAUUUCACAGACUCCAAACUCCCUGAUGAGGGGAUGACAACUAAAUCCCCAGCCAAACUUGGAGAGACGUUUGAGGACGAGGGUGCCGACAUGGAUGAUGAUGAUGACGAUGAUGAUGAUGAUGACGAUGAUGAGGAGGAGUACAACAAAGAGAGGGAUGUACUAAAGAAAUGUGCAGAUGGUUACAAUAGUCAGGCAAAGCCGACUUCACCAGACCACUUGAGCUCUAAAGAGCCAGAGUUUAUGGUUUCCAUGGCCGGCUAUGGUUACAACAGCCAGGCAAAGCUGACUUCACCAGACGGCAUGAGCUCUAAAGAGCCAGAGUUUAUGGUUUCCAUGGCCGGCUAUGGUUACAACAGCCAGGCAAAGCUGACUUCACCAGACGGCAUGAGCUCAAAAGAGACAGAUUUCACAGACUCCAAACUCCCUGAUGAGGGGAUAACAACUAAAUCCCCAGCCAAACUUGGAGAGACGUUUGAGGACGAGGGUGCCGACAUGGAUGAUGAUGACGAUGAUGACGAUGAUGAGGAGUACAACAAAGAGCGGGACACACACAGCCAGGCAAAGCCGAUUUCACCAGACGGCAUGAGCUCGAAUGAGCCAGAGUUUAUGGUUUCCAUGGCGGGCUACGGUUACAAAAGCCAGGCGAAGCCGACUACGCCACCUUCUUCCACCACCUGCAAAGGUGACAUGGGCGCCACAGCGUUCUCUGGGUACUCCUCUGGGUUUGAUUAUUCUUACGGUGGGGAGAAAGACACAUUUCAGUCCAGCCAGAUGAAGGACAAAGAGGGAAAAGAUGACUAUUUCCACAGUGAGAGAGCUGACGGUGGUAAGAAAACAGGAGACACAGUAGGAGUCUCAUCAGGCUUCCACUACACCACCACCUCUGCCACGGCAUAUUCGUCCUCCUCUUCCUACAGCUACUCCUCCUCUACGUCCGGUCCGUCACUCUCCACCAGCCGGCAGUUUGGCGAGGAGCUGGAGACCCCAGCCAACGCCUCCGACCACAUCUUCAAACACGAUACAGACAGUGCCGGCUUCGAGUACUCCUCCUUUAAAGAUGAACACGCCUCCUUUAAAGAUGAACACGCCUCCUUUAAAGAUGAACACGCCUCCUUUAAAGAUGAACACGGCUCCUUUAAAGAUGAACACGCCUCCUUUAAAGAUGAACACGGCUCCUUUAAAGAUGAACACGCCUCCUUUAAAGAUGAACACGGCUCCUUUAAAGAUGAACAUGCCUCCUUUAAAGAUGAACAUGCCUCCUUUAAAGAUGAACACGCCUCCUUUAAAGAUGAACACAGCUCCUUUAAAGAUGAACACGCCUCCUUUAAAGAUGAACACUCCUCCUUUAAAGACGAACACUCCCUGGCCGUGGACUCCUCCCCCUUUUCCAGUUCCUGCGGGAUGGUUAAGAACGAGUACCUGGAGGUUUCGGAGAAGCAGAUGACGAUGGCCACCACCACCACCGCAGAAUCCACCUCCAGUUUGGCCCGCUUCUCUCCUCACAGCCCCUUUGAGGAGAUCAAACCUUUCCACUCACACUCCUCUGCUUCCUCCUCGGAAGACAAAAAGGAGCAUGUUGCCUCGCUGGAAGGAAGUGUUGUGAACAAAAGCCCCCAGUCGGACUGCUUCUAUAAACCGGAAUGGGCGGAUGAGUCCAAGCUGCAGGCUGCAGGGGGUUAUGGGCCUUUCACCCAGUCACCCAAGGAGAAAGAUGCCAUCGCCAUGGGUUUGUUUGGUGUCACCUCGUCCCCACGGCCCGACUCAACAGGCAAGCAUUACUUUGAAAACUCUGACAGUACUGAGGAAGAGGAUGACGAGGAAGGUUACAUGCGUGAGAUGGGCCUGUCCUUCUCCGAAAAACACGGCAGCAGCACCACCACCUCAGGUGAGAUAGAUGGCGCUGGUCUCCCUGAUGUGCUCACCUCGUACAUACCCUCCUCUCUGCUGCCCACCAAGCCAGACACAGUCAAUGGUCCCAUGGAGGUCAGCAGCAUGAGCUCCCCCAUCAGUGCAGGGCCGGCAGCCAGCUGCGUGAGCCCAGGUCUGGGUACAGCUGAGGAGAAAAAGGUGAAGGGCUCCUAUGAGUGGAACAUGCAGAAGCCCCAGAUGGACAUGGUUCCUGGCGACUCCCCGCCUCAUUACCGCCACGAGGACGAGUUUGAGGAGGAAUGCGAAAUGGAACCAGAGUGCCCCGCCCGCCCGCUCUCCCUCUCCUCCACUGAUCACACCUUCGGCUCCUUCUACACGGAGGCGUCGUGCCGAGGAGAAGCAGGAGGAAGAGAUGAUGAUGAUGACAGCGACCUGGACCUUCCUCCUGAAAUGGGCGCCUCCUCCUCCAAAGCCUCCCCUGGCUACUCCUCCUCGGAACACAGACCCCGCAAGGGAGACCUCUCGCCCUCCUUCAUCAAUCCCAGUAUGCAACAGCAGUCCAGCGAUGAGGAGGACGAGGAGCGGGGACGCAGGAGCGACCAAUCACAGGAAGGGGACGAACAUGACCUGUCAGUCAAGAAGAGAGCCAACAAACAGCCCCACCACCCCCACUUCCAGGGCGGCUCGGUCCCCCAUGCCGGGACGGCUGGGCUAGGGUUAGCCAGAGAAGACACCCCCCCAACCUCCGUCAGCGACUCUAUACCGUCGCAGUCAGAUUCAGACGUUCCCCCAGGGACAAAGGAGUGCCCCUUCAUCACGGGCAACAGCAACAUGGACUCGGACGAGGACACCGAGUACCUGCCUGUGGAUAAGUUCUCCACCAUGGGAGGGGGCCACCAUCACUCCUCUUCCUCCCCUCCUCCAGGAUUAGCCCCCGGGACCCCCUCCCGCCCCCUCAUGGACCCCUUCCCCAACCCCCCUCACCCCGACGUCUGCAUGGUGGACCCCGACGCUCUGGCCAAUGACCAGAACCGGGCAACCUCAGAGUCGCCCCUCAAGAAGGACCCCAAGACGAAAGGCGUGCGGAAGACAGGGAAACCCAAGUCGGCAUCUCCGGCUCGCCGCAAGCGGUCCCCCAUGCCAGUGAAGCAGUUGCCAUCCCCUCGCAGCGCCUCGCUGAAGAAGAAGGAGACAGAGAAGAGCUUGAGGAUGUCCCAUCUGUCAGACGGACAGGGCUCCAGAGACGAUGACCUCUCCAGGUCCAGCUACAACGCCGGCAGGGUGGCCAACGGAGUUAAGAGCACCUCUGGCUCUCAGAGGUCCAGUUCCGUGGUUCCCCAAGGCCCUCCUAUCUAUGUAGACUUGGCCUACAUCCCCAACCACUGCAGUUCUAAGAACGUGGACCAGGAGUUCUUCAAACGCGUCCGCUCUGCAUACUACGUGGUGAGCGGGAACGAUGUGGGCAAUGACGAGCCCAGCCGAGUGGUCCUGGAUGCUCUACUGGAGGGCAAAGCCCAGUGGGGAUCCAACCUACAGGUGACGUUGAUUCCCACCCAUGACACAGAUGUGACUCGGGAGUGGUACCAGCAAACCCAUGAACGGCAGCAGGAGCUAAACAUCAUGGUCCUGGCCUCCAGCAGCACCGUGGUCAUGCAGGAUGAGUCUUUCCCCGCCUGCAAGAUCGAAUUUUAAGCCACACCCCCCUCUCUUCCCCUCUGUAAUGGGACAACACACAGCUCCCCUGGUUCAGUCUGUCUGUUUAAAUAUUUUGGAUCUGCCUUUUCUAGGGAUUUAUUUCUUACAGUAAAUCAUAACAGUACAUCUCAAAUGACACCCUAUUGGUCUUAUAGCUACCAUCUCUGGUCUAAAGUAGUGCACUGGACUGUAUGUGGAGUAGGGUGUCAUUUUAGACACAGAGAUAUUCAACAACCACACGUUUGAUUAUGGUUAGUGUCAUUGUUUGUAUUAUAAAGGUGCUCUUCAGACUAUAACACUCCUCUACUAUAAUUAUAAGGUUUAUUCAAGGAAACAAGUAUGGUUGUGCAUACGGUAGAAAUCCAGGCAAAAUGUCCAGGCAAUGGUUACUGUUUCCUUCAAGGUAAGACAGAUUUUCUUCUAAUAGGCAUAACUCAUGCACAAGUAUGCCCUAUUAUAAUGUUAGAGUCAUCAUCAACAACAACAGACUUAAUCUUUGUUUAAAGAAGUUACAACACCAAAACGCAUUUUGUACUUUAGUGUUUAUGUGUUUUGUAGAACUGAAUACACCAUGCUAAUGCCAAUGGUACUUUUCUCAUCCACGUGCCACUCAUUGAACUUUGUGCCUAAUAUUGACACAUUGACAUAGAUGAUAUUCUAAGUAGAUUGUCUCUAAGAGUCUUUUAGAUGUCGAAUAAUUAUGUUUGUAGUAGAAUAGGGUGGAAAAAACAAAUCGAGUCAUACUCAAAGGUUUUGUGUUUGUCAUUCAGUUUUCAUGUCAUUUCUGUCAUUCAGUUUUCAUGUCAUUUCUGUCAUUCAGUUUUCAUGUCAUUUCUGCCAUUCAGUUUUCAUGUCAUUUCUGCCAUUCAGUUUUCAUGUCAUUUCUGUCAUUCAGUUUUCAUGUCAUUUCUGCCAUUCAGUUUUCAUGUCAUUUCUGCCAUUCAGUUUUCAUGUCAUUUCUGCCAUUCAGUUUUCAUGUCAUUUCUGUCAUUCAGUUUUCAUGUCAUUUCUGCCAUUCAGUUUUCAUGUCAUUUCUGCCAUUCAGUUUUCAUGUCAUUUCUGCCAUUCAGUUUUCAUGUCAUUUCUGCCAUUCAGUUUUCAUGUCAUUUCUGUCAUUCAGUUUUCAUGUCAUUUCUGUCAUUCAGUUUUCAUGUCAUUUCUGCCAUUCAGUUUUCAUGUCAUUUCUGCCAUUCAGUUUUCAUGUCAUUUCUGUCAUUCAGUUUUCAUGUCAUUUCUGCCAUUCAGUUUUCAUGUCAUUUCUGCCAUUCAGUUUUCAUGUCAUUUCUGCCAUUCAGUUUUCAUGUCAUUUCUGCCAUUCAGUUUUCAUGUCAUUUCUGCAAGGUGAAAUUCACUUUUCUCAAAGCUCCAUACUGCGUACAGUAAAUCGUAACUAUCAGUGUUGUCUGGUUGUAAAGUGAAGUCUUUUGAGAAUGUUCCCAGCCAGAACACAUCCAGAUCUGUCGAACAGGGCGGGUGUAUAUUGUACAAUAUACAACAUGCACAGUACAUUACCCUUGCAUUUAUUUUCCAAGCUUGCAUCCACAAACAUAUCGUGGACCCAGCCAACGUUUGCUAUUGUGUGAAAGGAAAGGAGAAUACUCUCAUUGCAACAUUUUCAUGACUGUAUGUCAGGUUGCAAUGUUGCUACAUUCAAUGUACUACUUCCUCGUCAUAGCAUUUAUACACAUGUAUAACAUACUUUAAGCAUCACACAUUGGCUUGGAAUAGUGUGGCUUAUUAAAUGACAAAUAGCUUAAGCAGCUUGUUUGUGUUCAUGAACUCUGAUAGAAAGGAGGCUGUCAGGUUAAAAGAUGUUAUGCAACUUAAAGACAACAACCCUCCGCUAUUUAACUGCAGAGCUACAGACCAACACUGUCUGUGAACUGGAGGAGGUCCACACUUUGGGAAGGUAUCACAGAUCAUAUGAUUAUUCUCACAUUUAGUAUUGACCCUUUAAGAGACAUGGGUGUGAUUUGGGACUUGUGUAAGGUGAAGAUAGUGUAGACUAGUGGUAUGUACUCCAGCUAUGACCAUCAUGGUAUCGUCCCAAAUGGCACCCUAUUCCCUAUGUACUGUACUUAUUUUGACCAGAGCCUUGUGGUAGUGCACUGCAUAGGGAAUAGGGUGCCAUUUGGAGCAGUCAUACCUAACCUGGUUAUGACUACAGCAAUAGGACCAUGUGGUUGUGAGUUCAUGGCCCAUCACCUGUACAGGGUAAUAGUUUGAUUGAGUGUCUGAAGACUUGUCUGUGAGGUGUUUGCGCCGUGCAUUAAGACCACGUUGAUGAACAUUGUGGGGCGGUUCCAUAAAUGAUAGAGGUUUGACUGUCACCCACAUGUGCCUUUCUGUCCUGUCGUGUGUUCAAGGAAGACUCAGAUGCUUGCUUGUACUGGCCCUUGUGGCAAAGCCAUAGAUUUUCAGUGUUCGGCAAACUCCGUUUCAGUCUCAGAAUUUGAACGGACGCCAUGUUGGCACUGAAAGCUUCAAGAUGCAGAUUAGAAUGUUCUCAUCAUGGCAUGUUUGGUGCAGACAUGGAGGAUGGGUUGCCAUGGUAAAGUAGUGGCUCGGUGGGCAGGUCAGUGUUGUAGUAUGAUCACUAAACUAAAAGCAAAGGUCCAAAAAUAUGAUUUGCACAUCCUACUAAGCAAACUAACAUGGUACUUCUACCAGUCAGUGAUCACAGGGUCUGAUAUUCUCUGUCAGCGAUAGUGAACAUGAAGCACAAAUGAUCAAACAACUUAAGAACCAACUGUGAUCAAACCCAUAUUCUAAGAACUUUUAGGCCUACUCAUAUGAAAAUACUCUAAUUUGGGAUUUCUACCAAUUGUGUUUAUGUUCUUUAACACAAAAGCAGUCAUUUUUAAUCAGAAAAAGAGCUUUGUUGGAAAUGUUAACUCACAGACAGACGUGUUAUUUCCUAUUGAGUUGUAUUAUUUUCUUAAUCCUUAUGAUGCCCAUGGAAAGGGAAAUAGGUGCUCUGCUCUCGGGCUGUUUUAGAACCGUUAACUUUGGGACCAGAGGCCAAAAGGUUUUUGCUCCACCACAAUCACCUUGACUCAAUGCCUUGGAAUGUUUUAAAGACAAAAUGUACAAUUUGCUUUUAUGUGAUUAUAGUCAGUGUGCCUAGAAUGUAAUUUUCAGUGUUAUUUAAGAUUGGUUUUCAUUUGUGUGCAGUUUAAUUGUAUCCUUUAAUUUUACUGUAAAUUGGGACUAAGUAGAUUGUUAGAAACUAACUGUUAGAAAAUGGAACAAAGACCCUAACCCUUUUAAUUCCAUUUUAUUGCAUCAUGACAUUGAGUUUGAGGCUUACAAAGAACAAAUUAUAACAUGCUUUGUUCAAGGGUCGAGACAAAUUGUACCAUUACGCAAUCUUUGAGGCCAAUCAGAAUAUUCAGCAAUGUAUUCCAGUUUUUCUGAGACACAUAUGGCACACACACGUAAGUAAUAUCAUAGAGACAAAGAAAAGAGUGAAUUGUCAAAUGCUUUCAGUAAACAUGCUUUGAAUCCUGCAAUGUCUUUUUCUUCUCGUUGCCGAUGCUCAAAUGUACCGGACCAUGUAGAUUAUCAGAGUAGUUCUGAGACAGAACUGCUCAGUCUGUUAACCAGGCUGCGAUAACAAUACUGAGAGGUUUAACCAGGCAAGUUCUGAGACAGAACUGCUCAGUCUGUUAACCAGGCUGCGAUAACAAUAAUGAGAGGUUUAACCAGGCUAGUUCUGAGACAGAACUGCUCAGUCUGUUAACCAGGCUGCGAUAACAAUACUGAGAGGUUUAACCAGGCUAGUUCUGAGACAGAACUGCUCAGUCUGUUAACCAGGCUGCGAUAACAAUACUGAGAGGUUCAACCAGGCUAGUUCUGAGACAGAACUGCUCUGUCUGAUAACCAGGCUAGUUCUGAGUGUUCCAGCUGAUCCGAAUGUGAAGAAGCAGAUUAACCUUUACGUUCUCCGUGGAGGACAUUGAUAUCUUGGUUGCCUUGGUGACAUACUAGUUAGUAGUUGUAUAUAUUUCUGCUCCAUCAACUCAAAAGUGUUGUCAGUCAAAGUCAGACUGUCUCCUCUAUUGUGUGUGAAUACAGUGCAUAUCAAACUUAUUUUUAGGGCAGAAUGUCUGUUAUUUUAUUUCUUUACUCUCGUCUGAAGUCCAUUUCUAAUGGUUGCCCUGAGAAACGAGUGGAAUUAAUUAGUCAGCGAUUGAUUAAAGAAAACUGGACAAGUUCUACAUUUUCAGAGACUGAUUUUUGACCGUACAGGUAAUUGUCUUACUAACAGUCAAAGGCAAACUAACAUGCCUGCUAUAUUGUUUAGCUCAGAGAACACUCUGUAUAACAAAUAUUGGAUAAUUUUACAGUGCUUGCAAUUGGCUUUCAUGUAGAGAACGGGAUUCAGAACAACAGUAUCCCUUUAUAUCUCAGCAACUCUAUGAGAAGAUGCGCAAUCUUCUUGUGCUGUAAUUUAACCAGUUUUCCUGUGGUCUUUGACUUCAAGGUUGUCUUAACAGAGCCAUCAACUGUUAACUCAUGUCAGCGUCAUUCUGAAGACUAGAAUUAACAUUGUAUUCAUAGACAUACACAAACCACAACACACAAAACUGACUGCCAGAUAGUGACUCGGAUCACUAUAUCAAUACAUUUUAUAUCUAGGGUAUUUAUAAUGGUUCACACAGUGAAUUUUUCAAAAUAAAAAUAAAAACAGAACAAAAACAGUAAUAAUGUAUUGUGCAAAAAUAAUAAUUCUGUUGAAUUCUCCAAAACUCCUCAGAAUCCUGAUGUAGAAAAUCCUCAUGAAGAUUGUCCAUUCCAAUAAACUCUGCUUGUCUGUGCAUGCUACCUUAUUGGUUCUAAUCCUGUAGGUAAUAGUUUAAAAAUGAAUAAAAUUGCCUUUCUAUUUUAAAAGAUGCAUAUUUAAAAAGCUAACUGUGGAUGGUAUGGGGAAGGCUGGUGCAAGGUCGUCGUCUUGCCUCCACUGGCUGUGCUGGAAGGAAGGCGUUGGGAUCGCUUUCCUCUUUCUUUUUGCAAGCUUCAUGACUGUUCUUAAAUAUUUUGUUUUAAGUGCAAUAUACUUCUCUAUCUUUAGGAACAUAGAACUUCAGCAGAUUUAUUGUCAAAUGGGGAAAGUGUGGUGAUCAUCAAUAAAACAUGUAUUGAAGAAUAGAAAAA